AUGACGUCUUAUAUAAACGACAGUAACCUUUCUUCAUCGCACCACAAUAAACCCCCUCUAUCCUAUAUUGCCCUGAUUACUCUCGCUAUCAAGAACAGUCCCUUACAAAUGGCCACCCUGAACGAAGUCUACCAAUACAUCAUCGCCAAUUUUCCUUACUUUCAAGAAAAUCGUCAGAAAUGGCAAAAUACGGUGCGACAUAAUUUGUCCCUAAAUGAUUGCUUCGUAAAAAUCCCUCGACGCUUGUUAGGCAUUCCGGGCAAGGGUAAUUUUUGGGCUCUACACCCGCAGGCAGGUGGAAUGUUUAAUCAUGGGAGCUUGUUAAGACGGCGUCGUCGAUUUCGCUCCAAAACCAGUUCGCGUUCAAAGUCGAGCCCUGGGUACGAGGUUGGAUUGGGACGGAACCCGGCUAGUAUCCAUCAUAUCGACUCAAAACAUCACUUCGACUUAUAUGGAGCCCAAAAUGAUUGUAUGAAUUUUAACCCUGACAGCAUCGACCUAACCACAGAAGGCGUUAAAAUGCUGUAUCGAAAUUAUGAAACACAAGACAGGAGCCUGGUGCCUAGUCCCCAGUACCCUCCACUCAGCUAUCAUACCUUAUAUGGUUGGAAUGUUUUACCAAACUACUCCUGCCAUAUGAACUUUUAA